AUGUUUGUUGGAUUAUCACCACCUACGAAGCACAAAUUCAAAAGUAUUUCUCGGCUUCUCGGCCCCUGGCCCGGUUCAUCUACCAAAACACAAAGAAGUGUUUCUCGAUUCCUCGGGAUCUUUCCACCUACCAAAACACUAAGUGUUUCUCGGCUUCUCAACACGUUGGAAGAAACAAUCGAAAGUUUACUUCUGUUAGACCCUCCUAUUAAUAAAAAGGCUUCUGCAAGCAAUCAAAAAAAGGCUUUAACUUCGUCCUUGAAGCCUUUAUUGAAAAACGAAGAGUCACAAAAAGAAUAUGAGCCACUACGCGUAUUGUUCUCUGUUCCUGAGAGGAAAAAAGACAAUAAAAGGAAAUUAAAGAUCAUCGAAAAAGAAAACCUUGAACAAAAAAGAAAUGUACAGAAUGAACAGGAAAAUGUGCGAGAAAUAAAAAAUGUUCAUCGUUCAUCUUCGUUAACUUCAGGACGUGAAUCGUCACCACCGAUCCCACAAAGAUUUUCAUUUUCAUCAUCGGAACAAGGUUCUUAUGUAGAGCCAAUUCUAGAACACGUUGAAAGAGCAUUGUUCAGGUUCAUUGUAAACAACGAAGAAUAUAUUCCUUUGGAGGCUGUUGAAAGCUUUACAACAAAAUGCAAUCCUCCACGCCAAGUAAAUUUUUCGGAUGCGGACUUACUUUGUAUUUUAAAUUUUAUUAUUCAAAAUAUCAAUUUAUUCACUACCGGACGUUCUAACCAAACGUUGUUUCACGGUGAAUAUAAGCUUGAUCCGUCUGAAUUAUUUAAGUCUUUUAAGAUUGAGGCGCGUAAUCGCAAUGCGCAUGCGAUUACCCAGCAAAUGGGAAGGUGGAACGACGAAGAAUUACAGAGGUUGUCUACACUUGCUUUAAAAGUCAUUGUGUGUCUAGGAGAUAAAGAAUCAUAUGAUCCAUUGGUGAAAAUUAAACGUGAGUUGGAUAAUAAACUAAUAGAGCGAUUGACGUUGAAAACAGACCAAAAAAGAUUUAAUGAAGUGGCUGGAAUCGCAAACCAAGAGAAUGAAGAUGAAUACUGUACAGAUUUGUUUGAUUUUGCCCUAGAUAUUAUUAAUAAACUCAAAUCAUCAAAGGAAGAAAACAUCAAGCAGAUCUUAAAACUUGCUGUGAAUCAAGAUAGCAUGUUUAUGAACAUCUAUAAGAGUUUGGUGCUCCGGAAGGACAAAAGUGUGAUUGUCGAAAAAUUCAUAGCUAUUAUGAAUAUCCAGUAUGAAAUG